AUGGAUCCCACGACGCAAACCAUCGCAGGUCCCGGGAACCCACUGAUGGGUGGAGGUGAUGUUUUUGCAGGCAAGGUCAUCAAACACCUGGGCACCUUCGGCUUUAUCCAGCCGGAUGGCGCCACGGACGAGCUGUUCGUCAUACCGAAAAGCUGCAAAGGCUUCAAUGACCUGCUGCCGCCAAUUGGGACCAGGGUACGCUAUGAGUUGGUCGUGGAUGAGAGGACGCUCCGGACCCGAGCCGAGAACGUGUUCCCGGAAUCCGAUGCGGCGAUGCCAGGCAUGCCAGGUGAGCAACCUACUGGGACACUCAGUGGCACCAUCCAAGAAAGCUCAGCUGAGUAUGGCGUCAUCGCGCAGGACCAUGAUGGCAGCAAGAUAUCCUGCUUGCCCGGCUCAUUCCAGCGUGCCUUUGGCCAGAGCGCCAUCCCCCCGGUCGGCACGCGGGUGAUGUACGACGUUGUUGUCGAUUCGAAGAAUUCCGGCCCUCGGGUCGAAAAUGUUCAACCUUUGGAUCCCAGCAAGGUCGGGAACGGAAAAGGGGGCAGCGCAGCUCCGGCCAGUGGCACUGGCACUCUAGGCGUCGUUGGCAAAGUUUGUAACGGGUAUGGCUUCAUCGACCAGGAUAAUGGCGAGAAGAUUUUUGUCCUACCCUUCUCUUGCGCCGCUUUCGGAAAUCAAAUUCCGCCUGUCGGAACCCGCGUUGCGUUCGACAUCGGCCCAGAUCCGAAAACUGGCAAAAGCCGGGCCGAGAAUGUCAGAUCGGGGAUGAAGACCGGCACGAUGGGCAAGAGUGGACCACAGUUUGGCUUCAUCAACCAGGAUAAUGGUGAGGGCGAGAUGUUCGUCCUGCCGAAGUCGUGCGGCGGCGAGCUCCCACCAGUUGGAACUCGCGUGCAGUUUGACAUUGUGCAGGAUCAGAAGACGGGGCGCCCUCGCGCCGAGAACGUCAUGCCGGAGGGUGGCUGGAACGCCCCGCCGAUGAGUGGCAUGGGCGGCGGUAUGGGUGGCGGACUGGCUGGCAAUAUGGCCACCAGUUCCGGGACCGUCACGCAGGUUGGCCCCAACUACGGCUUCAUCCAGUCCGAUGCAAACGAGAAGGUUUUUGUGCUUCCUGGGUCCUGUACUACUCUCACGGGAGAAGUCGGCUUCCCGCCACUCGGAACGAGAGUUUCCUAUACAAUGGUGGUGGACAGCAAGACGGGCAGACCCAGAGCAGAAACCGUCCGGCCAGAGGCCGCGGGGAUGGCGGCUGCACAAGGGGCCUUGGAUCACUCCGGAACCAUCCAGCAGACAGGGGAGAAGUAUGGCUUCAUUCUUCAAGACGACGGGCAGAAAAUGUUCGUCAUGCCCAUUUCCUGUGACGUCUUUGGCCGGGUCAUACCGCCUGAAGGAACCCGCGUCAGCUACCGCGUGGUCAUGGACCGCAAGACGGGACGGCCACGGGCCGAAGAUGUCUGCCCGGAGGGCACAGCUCCGCAGACGCUGCAGCCAGCGUUGCAGCCAGCGUUGCGGACCACCAUGCCACAGCAGCAGUGGGGCGCACCGAUCGGCAUGGGGCCCGUCGGUGGGCCUGUCGGUGGGCCCGUUGGUGGGCCCGUCGGUGGGAACGGGAUGUCUGAGAUGACCGGGACCAUCACGCAGGGUGGCCCCACCUACGGCUUCAUCCAGUCUGAUUCUGGCGAGAAGCAUUUUGUCAUGCCAGGAUCCUGCACUGCCUGCACAGGCGAAGUAGCCAUACCGCCAGUUGGAACCAGAGUCGCUUACACAUUGGUGAUGGACAACAAGACGGGCAGACCGAGAGCAGAAAGCGUCCGUCCCGAGGGCACGGGGAUGGCAGCCGCCGAUCCAAACACGGGCCUGGGCUUAGACUACGCUGGAACGAUCCAGCAGCGUGGAGAGAAGUACGGCUUCAUUCUGCAAGAUGACGGCCAGAAAAUGUUCGUGAUGCCCAUCUCUUGUGCAUCAUUCGGGUCUGUCAUACCGCCGGAAGGCACACGAGUCAGCUACCGUGUGGUCUUGGACAGCAAGACCGGCCGACCCAGAGCUGAAGACGUUUGCCCAGAGGGGACGGCAAUUGCUCGGAAAGACGCCCCAGGAGAAAAGGGUGCCAACGGCUGGAACAUGGGCAAAGGCAACUCGAAGGGUUUCGUCCCGGACUUAGAUUUCUCUUUCGCACGAGCUCGGAUGGGGCAUGAGAGGUUUUGGGUGACCUUGCAGUGGGCUGAGGAGUCACUGUGCUCAAGCCAUGCCGUAGAUUCGGCCUUUGAUUCCAUGACGGCACACGAGCCGGUGGCUUUGGCUGCUUUCCUUGCAGCUGCUUUGGCAGCAUGCACAUGGGCCCAGACCUUCGUGGCACCAUCGCCCUGGCUUUCAAGCAAGGCACAGCUCAAUGCCCAGUCUAGAGGCCGAAGCAGCACCCUGGCUCGCCCUGCGAGGGCGGAGCAAGCUGUGCCUGCAGCACCGCUUGCGCUUUCAAUUGUCUCUUUGGGAGCCCUCGCUGCCUCCGUAGCGCGGAGACAGGGAGCCCAUUCCCGGUCUUCAGUGGUGGCACGUCGCGCCACAGUGGCGCAGUGGAACUCCAGGGUGAAGCGCAUUGAAGGCGGCAGGGCCAUCUUCGAUGUCACCAUACCCAAGCCUUUGGGCGUCACGCCCAAGGAGUUUCCAAACCGGCCGGGCGUAGGCAUCGCUGGCAUCAAGGAAGGCGGCAACACGGACCUCUGGAACAAGGAGGUUCUGCUCAACGAUGCCGAAGGCAUGUUCGUCCUCGAGGGAGAUGAAGUGGUAGCUGUGAACGGCACAUUGUGCGAAGGCGGCGAUUUGAAGACCGUCAGCAAGCUAGUCAAAGAGUCCGAAGGUGAUAGCGUGACCUUGAAGCUGGUUCGCAACUACCUGCGGGGGCCUGUCAAGAUUGUGUGGAAGCCGUCAUUGAAAAUGGCGACUUACAAACGCAAAGCACUUCUUCGCGCGUGCGAGGAGACCCUGGGAGCCAACGUGCGGUAUUCCUGCGAGGACGGCUGGUGCAGUUCCUGCUGGCAUGCGGAAGAGACGUACAUGACUGUCUUUCGGAUCUGCAAGAUGGACGUCCCUGAGAAGUGGGACAAUGUUGUGCCCUUUGUCUUGCUGAGUGCGCUGGAGGUGAAAAACACGAAAGGUGUGCUGGUCAAAAACUUGAU